AUGGAUCCAACCUGCAAAUGUCCACCUGGUUUCAGCUAUAUGGACCCCUAUGAUAGUUUUCAGGGUUGUGAAAAAAUCUUCACAGAAAAGGAGGAAUGCAAGGGAAAUGGAGGGAUUCAAAGAUGUGAAAUGAUUGAAAUGAAGAAUAUAGAGUGGCUCAAUAAUGCUUAUGUGACCUUAUCAGGAAGCGAAGAAGAUUGCAAGCAGGACUGUUUGGACGAUCGAUAUUGCAUAGGCAUUCUCUUUCAAGACCAUAGUUGUGAGAAGCAUAGUGAAAGCAUGUUUUGGGGCUUCUGUGUUUGGCAAGCGCUUCCAAAAGAUUUUGAACCAGGCAAAAUUGGCCCAAAUGAGGUCAAUCUCAGGUCAUUUAGCUAUUCUGAACUCAAGAAAGCAACCCAAAAGUUUGCUACUGAGUUCGGCGACGGGGCUUUUGGGACUGUUUACUUUGGGUCCUUCCCUUGCAAUACAAAAGUUGCAGUCAAGAAGCUCAAGAAGAUAUCAGAUUUUGGGUUAGCCAAGUUUUUGAAGCCUGACCAAACAACUACUUUUACUGGGAUUCGAGGGACUAGGGGAUAUGUGGCUCCUGAAUGGCACAAGCACCAGGCUAUAAAAGUUAGGGCAGAUGUAUAUAGCUUCGGGAUCAUGUUAAUAAAGAUCAUAUGUUACAGAAAAGCAGUGGAGACUGGGGCUCCUGAAAAUGAAAUUGCAUUAACAACUGAUUGGGUCUACGAGUGUUUCAAAACUGGGGAGUUGGAGAAAUUGGAGAGAUUGGCUGACUGA